AUGGCCCAAGCUGCCACGCCGGCGACGGACGACAAUGUCGAGAUCCUGGUCCACGUCGCGGCGCCAGCCAUGAGCAAGGACGACGCCACGUAUAGAGCGCUAGCAAAUGCGUACCUCGCCUUUCAUGCGGCGUCUCGUACAUCCUUACCUGCGUGCACUUCGCAGCAUGCGCCACAGGGUCCAACGACACCAGAGCCGCCGCCCUCGAAGACGCACGAACCCUUUGCCACAGAGCCAGCCUUACCAAUCGUCACACCCAACAAGCGCCCAUCGCACAGAUCGCCGCCAGGCAACGAUGCCGAGAUGACAGAUGCCGAGGACUCGUGGAUCGCGCCGCCGAGUACCGUCCCAGACUCGAUGCCCUGGAACGACCUUCGACUGCCAGAGCUCUCCUCUCCCAGCCGGACAAUGGAACACUUUCUCGGUCUGCUGGAAGACUGCUCAGCACUCGACGACUCAUCUCUCGACGAUUCGGUCAUGAGAACGAGUCCCAUCCAACGUCGGGGGGGGAUCGCACCGCAGAUCAACAAUGAGAGCAAGAGCGUUGGAGCCGCUGUGCCUCCGGUCGUGCGGCAUGACCUGACCGGUCCUGUUUCCUGGGCUGAGGAGAAUGGAGGCGAUGAUAGUAUCAUUGAAGAGACAAUCCUCGAAGACACGACUGUCGAAGACACGACCGUCGAGGACACCUCCCUGUCCCCCCUAAAGCGAAAGCGCCCCCAUCAUUCGCGCGCCGGUUCCGAUCCUCUCCCGAGCAAGCACGCAAGGCUGCCCUCUCCAGAUCAUCUGGCGCGAAGCUCGAGCGACACGGGGCUCGCGUCCCCCAGUCCACAGACCCCUGCCUAUCCCUUGACGCUGCGCAACCCAUCCGACUCAACCUUCAUCUCGCUGCUCGAGAUCGAAGCCCCGGCUCCCAAGACGUCCGCGGCAUCCCUCUCGCCAGACGAUCUGAUCACCCCCAACAUGCACCUCCUCAUGCGCUCCUUUGGCCUCCCCCGGCGCCUCGACUCGGUCACCCGCCAUCGUGCCCUCAAGCCGUUCGAGCGCGGGUACUGGCUCCUGGACUGCGCCGGCUGGGAACCGGGGCUCGCUCAUCGGGCUUGGGGCUUCCUGUACAACUACAUCACGGACGGAUUCGCCGGCUGGGGCAGUCGUUGCGUGCGGGAGGCGGGGUGGCAAUGGAUCCGGUUCUGGAGCUUUGGCCAUGUCGCCAAUCACGUCUAUCUCCUGCUCCACGUUGCUACCGAACGGGCGAUCAAAUCAGAGGAGAUUGCUUGGGUUGACGGUGCUGGCGAUGUCGUCCUGGUCACCAAGGGACACGCAUAG